GCAGCCCGCGGAAAAUUACUCAUACGCUCAAACUAUUCCAUCAAAAUGCUUUUAACAACAAUUAUAGGUGCUAUCGCCGGGAUCUAUUUACUCGGCCACACAGCGAACUACUACGGCAUUAGUCCCAUGAUUAUCGACAAAGUUUAUCGCACCUUCCCAUCUCUUUUCCCAAGUCCUAAGCCUCGUUCAGUAGACCCAAUACUAGAAGCGGCCUCUCGCAUGGCAGCCGAACGUCAUCUACUCCACCCCAGAUUCAAUUACACUAUGCGUACUAUUUUCCACAUUAGCGGCUGCACAGUUUAUGGGUAUCCCUCUACCGGUGGUAUUUUCAUCAAAGAAAAUGCGAAUAUUGUUGAUAUGAAUUUUUUAUCUCUGGACCGUCUUCACUCAACUCCAAGAUCACCUGAUCCCAUCGAAGAGGAUGAAUUUUGUAUCUUGAUGCGAAAGAUUGGGGCAAUCUGGUGGAGUAGCGAACAUCUUCACGAGAGACAAUGGACUUCUUCAGAAGAUAUCUACGAUCAAGCAGGUGUACAGCGCCCAAUGCCUACGAAUGUACAGAAAAUAGGCUUAGUCUUCGGAUGGCCAUCAAAGGGAGGUGUUUGGGUACUGAGAUAUAAUUCGCAUAAAUGCAAUGAGGAUUUGUUGCCGAGAGAUUUCGGGAGAAUCAACAUGGCGAUGAAUAUGGAUGAGAGGGUGGAAAUUAUGCGGGAAUAUAAUGCUAGUUUCUAUGAAACCGAACAGGACGUAGAGGAACUUGGUGACGGAUACUGGAGAGUAGAGGCCGAUUAGUGCGUGUGGUGAUAUGGUGAAAUAUUUGACUGUUUACUUCAUUCACUUGAGUCGCAGUGUGGUAAGCCAUUCUUUAUGCUAGGCAGUAAUAAGGCGUCGUAGUGAUAUCUGGGAAGCUUGCUCUUAUCACUCCAUUCGAAUUUUGAAGAGGGGUUCUUGAAAAUUAGAGUUAUAAAUCCCAGGGAAAAACGAAAGCAGUCGGGUUCCAGCUCUCCAUAUCUGCCUGCCUUGAAUUGAUUA